AUGAUUUGUAACAGGACUAAAGCUUUAUUUAAACUCAUAAAAUUUAAUAAGAAUUUAUCAUACGAUGCGUCUCCAUCACCCAAGUCGAUUGAAUUUAUGCCUCGUCCAAAAUCUCUGCCCAUUGUAGGAACUAAAUUGGAUUUCAUAGCAGCAGGAGGUGGCUCUAAAUUGCACGAAUAUGUCGACUUUCGUCAUAAACAAUUAGGUCCCAUAUUUUGUGAUAAAUUAGGAGGGAAAAUAGAUUUAGUAUUUGUUAGUGAUCCCGCACUAAUAAAAACACUAUUUCUAAAUCUUGAAGGAAAAUAUCCCAUACAUAUAUUACCAGAACCAUGGGAAUUGUACGAAAAGCUUUAUGGGGCCAAAAGAGGCUUAUUUUUCAUGAAUGGAGAAGAAUGGUUAGAAAAUCGAAGAGUUGUUAACAAACAUUUAUUAAAAGAAAAUUCAGAAAAAUUAUUCGAUAAUCCAGUUACAAAUACUAUCAACCAAUUGGUACAGAAAUGGAUUAUUGAAGCUAAAAAGGGCUUUUAUGUGCCAAACUUAGAGACCGAAUUCUAUCGACUGUCUAUUGAUGUGAUAAUAUCAGUAAUGCUAGGAAGUUCUAUCUUCCAUAAGUUUAGCGUACACAGCGAUGCUUUAUUGACUGCAUUUGCGGAAGAAGUCAAGAAAAUUUUCCAGACCACAACGAAAUUGUAUGGGUGGCCUGUUAACAUGUGUCAGAAGAUGAAUUUAAAAGUGUGGAGAGAUUUCAAAAAAUCUGUUGAUAUAUCACUAUUCCUAGCUAACAAAAUUGUCGAGGAGAUGAUAAAUAAUAAACAACCUAAAGACGGACUGAUUAAUCUUCUUAUUGAAGAAAAUCUUAAACCAGAAAUCAUUAAAAGGAUUAUCGUAGAUUUUGUCAUCGCUGCUGGUGAUACGACAUCUUAUACUACAAUAUGGACAUUGUAUCUAUUGUCCAAGAACAAAGAUGUGAGACAAGAACUAUUUAAAAGAAAUUCUAUAGCAAACUAUGCGAUAAAGGAGUCUAUGAGAUUAUAUCCUGUUGCUCCGUUUUUGACCAGGAUUCUGCCCAAAGAAUGCAUCUUCGGACCUUACAAACUUAAAGGAGGCACUCCAAUAAUAGUUUCCAUUUACACAUCUGGAAGAGACGAGCAAUACUUUAGUAGAGCUACAGAAUACCUGCCUUACCGCUGGGACCGCAUGGAUAUAAGAAGGAAUGAUAUUGUGAACCAUGUGUCUUCUGCAUCAUUGCCAUUUGCUCUUGGGGCCCGGUCAUGUAUAGGCAAAAAGCUAGCAAUGCUACAAAUGAAAGAACUUAUAACUCAGAUGGUACAAAACUUUGAAUUUGAAUGUAUAAACAAAGAUGAAGUUACUUCCAAAACAUCUCAGGUACUUGUGCCCAGCCAAGAAAUCAAGUUGUCUUUCUCAUUAAGAAAACCAGAAUGUAGUGAAUAG